UCACAAAUCCGCAGAUUGUUAUACAAAUUUGCUAUGAUAAUAUAAAUCACAUGCCUUUAAAUAGCAUCGCUGCUGAUAAACGAUGCAUUCGUUACUAUGGCGUUCAGAGAUAAAGUCGUGCUGGUCACUGGAGGCAGCUCGGGCAUCGGCAAAGCGAUAGCCAUACAUUUCUCUAUAGAAAAAGCAAAAGUAGUCAUCAUUGGUCGUACUAAAACGAAUAUAGAUGAAGUGAAGGAUAUUUGCACGGAGAACAGUGGGAAUGAAGCUAUGGGGUUACAAGCGGAUGUCAGCAAGGAUGCUGAUGUCGAAAAAAUUGUCAAUAAAGUCACUGCAACAUACGGAAGACUGGAUGUAUUGGUGAACAAUGCCGGGGUAUUCAUAUCUGAUGAUAUCUUUACGGCUACUAUGGAAAAUUUCGACGCGCAUAUAAAUACGAAUCUGAGAGGGACUUUUAAUCUGACGAGACAAUUUGUGCCACUUCUUAUCAAGUCACAGGGCAAUGUCAUCAACAUAUCCGGCGUGGAAGCAGUCAAGUACGUGGAAGGACUACUGACUGAGAGCCUGUCAAAGGCGGCCAUACAGCAUUUGACAAAGUAUGUCGCGUACGAGCUGGGGCCGAAGAAAGUUCGCUCUAAUUCUGUAGCUCUGGGUUAUGUCACGGGCACGAAGAUUAUAGAGAAAGCGAAUAUAGAUCCCGAAGAGUUCGGUCGAGAGUUACUCCCGAGCGUGCCUCUGGGAGAGUUCAUCAAACCGGAGGACGUGGCGAAGACCGUGGCCUUCAUAGCCAGCGAUGCUGCCCGCCAUAUCACUGGACAGAACAUAGUUGUAGAUGGAGGCUUUACCUGCCAUUAAUGAUAAGGGCACUCACCGUCUGAUAAUCUUAUUUUGUGUUUGACCACGAAAAACGUCAACUGAUGCGCGCGUCAGUGCCCAAUAUCAAUAUUCGUGCGUUGCGCAAGACAUUAUUGCUUGUAAUUGUACAAAAAGUGUGGCAACGGCUCUAUUCUUCAAUUCAUUUUUUUGUGAUUCAAUUUUGACAUAUAAUUUGGCUUUAUGAAUAAAUGAGUAUGAGUACUUUUUAAGAUAA